CGCGCCCAUAACAACCAAAAACACCCAGUCAUCAACCUGAACCAAACCAUUUAAUCAACCCGCCGCGCCCAUAACAACCAAAAACACCAUCAACAUGUCCGACGCAACAACCACCACCACCACCACCAAACUCCCCGUCACAGUCGACAAACCCACCCCCUACACCUUCGACCUCGGCCUCCUCCUCGCCAACGACCCCAACCCCCUCCUCCUCGACCGCUCCACUCCACUCGAACCCCAACUCGCCACCAUCGCCCGCGACGGAUGCCAAUCCCUCAUCAACCAACUCCUCACGGCCUGCCCCAUCAGUUCCACCCCCGCCGGCGUCUUACUGUCCCUCCCGCCUCCUCAAACCCCUCUCCCGCGCGAGAAACCCGUGCCGACGCCCAAGGCCGAAACGAAAUGGAGCCAGUUCGCCAAGCGCCGCGGCAUCAAGCCCAAGACGCGCGAGCAGCGACGCAACCUGCAGUAUGACGAGACGACCGGGGAAUGGGGCCGCAAGUGGGGGUACAAGGGCGCCAACAAGGCGGGCGAGGAUGCGCCGAUUAUUGAGGUCAAGAAGAGCCAGGAGGAGAAGCGGAUGGCGGAGGGGAAGAGUGUGAGGGGCGAUAAGAGACGGGAGAUUAGAGAGCGGGUGAAGAGGAAUGAGCGGAAGAUGAGGGCGAAUGAGCGGAGGGAGAGUGGGAGGAAGAAGUAAAGUGAGUGCCUUUGAACAGUAAUGAUGGGGUACUUGUGCAGAAG